AACAAGUCUCACCAUCAUUCGUAUAAAAGUUCGCAAUAAGCUUCUCAAUCUCAUUCGUUUCCUUACAGUGAUCGAUAAUUAUCACGAAAUCAUGAAAACUGUUAUAAUUUUAGCAGCGCUCAUUGCUUUGUGUUCGGCCGUUAAAUGGACCGAUCUCCGAGCUAGGUGGAAUGGAAUGAAAACCACCCCUGAGGACAGCUUCUUCCAAAUUCCACGUACCGCCAGCAGCGCCAUUGCCGAAGGCUGGGUCCGCGUCGAAGGUGUCAAUGAUCAUCCCGUAGACGUCUUCUGUCUCGAGAAUGAUGGCCGCUUCUGCAUCAUUACUGAUUCCUUCGGCAACAUCGCCGGUUUCGAAUUCGGUAUCCCCGCCAGCGACAUCGAGAACAAGGGAAUUCCAUACGACCCAUCCAUCGUCCCCAACUACAAGAAGAAGACCUUAUUUGGCGAAGCCUACUGGACCGUCACUGUGUAUUCUGUCGAUCCUGAUGUGAUCGAUGCUGGAGGUCGUAGCGAAACAAGAGGACUCACCGGAACUACUGGCAUCUGGAUCGAAGAGGGUGACAGCUACAUGGUAGUCUCUAGGCACGAGAGAACUAUGCGGAAGGAGCUUGAUUAUCACAAAACAAAAUGCAUCCCUCAAAUGGGUGACCAUUAUUAUUAUGCCAUGAACGAGACACUUGCUUGUUCCGAAUUUCGGCCUAUCGUCCUCCUGUAUGAUGGUGGCGAUCUGCUCGGUGUUGCUUUCCAAGGAUUUGGUCCAAAAUCCAGCACCAAGCGUGUUUGGUGGGAACCCAUUUUACCGUCUUUCACUAGGGUCAUAGCUCCUAAUUCUCCUGAUUGUUUAGUCGAUAUAACUGCAAAGUAUAAUAGUAUUUCUUUGCACAUUUACUUUGUCGACGAACCAUGGAACAUUUCCUGUGACAACUGGUUGGUUCAUACUGUAAAAAAAAUUGUACACACCAUAUUUUAAAAUAAAAUUGAUCGGAAUUUCCGAUUGAAUUGAACAGUA